CCGGUGAGAUAUCUGGCUUUACCACAAUUCUUGUAAACAUGGCGGAGACUGAACACCAUUCAGGCUCCUCCCCCGAAGAUGACACACCACCGAUCCCUGUCUGUCAGAACUUCAUGGUGCCCAAAAAGGAGAUCAGCAUGUUUCCUGAUAUGGGGAAGUGGAAACGUUCCCAGGCGUAUGCUGAUUACAUGGGAUUCAUUCUGACGCUGAACGAGGGAGUGAAGGGGAAGAAACUUACAUGUGAAUACAAAGUGUCUGAGACCAUAGAGAAGCUUCUGGUUCUGUUGGGGACUCUGGACCGCUGGAUAGAUGAGACCCCUCCUGAAGACCAGCCCUCUCGCUUCGGCAACAAGGCCUACAGGACUUGGUACGCCAAGCUCGACCAGGAAGCAGAGGGCCUGGUUGCUGCAGUCAUCCCAGAAGACAAGGCAGCUGCGGCUCCAGAGAUAGCUGUGUAUUUGAAGGAGGCGGUGGGCAACUCCACCAGGAUAGACUAUGGAACAGGUCACGAGGCUGCCUUUGCCAUCUUCCUCUGCUGUCUCUGCAAGAUCGGAGCUCUCAGGGUAGAUGACCAGUUGGCCAUCAUUUUCAAGGUGUUUGACAGGUAUCUGGUGGUCAUGCGCAAGCUUCAGAAAACCUACAGAAUGGAGCCUGCUGGCAGCCAGGGGGUCUGGGGGUUGGAUGAUUUCCAAUUUCUACCUUUCAUAUGGGGCAGCUCCCAGUUUGUAGACCACCCCACGUUGGAGCCCAAGCACUUUGUCGAUGAAAAAGUUGUCAACGAGAAUCACCACGACUACAUGUUCCUGGAGUGUAUCAAAUUCAUUAAUGAGAUGAAAACUGGUCCGUUUGCUGAGCAUUCCAAUCAGCUGUGGAACAUCAGUGCUGUCCCCACCUGGUCCAAAGUCAACCAGGGCCUGAUCCGAAUGUACAAGGCAGAGUGCUUGGAGAAGUUCCCUGUUAUUCAGCACUUCAAGUUUGGCAGUCUCAUCUCCAUCCAGCCUGUGAAGCCCUGACGGCCAUCCAAAGAAACCAUGUGUGUGACGGAGAGACCAAACUCCCAACAUCCCUUGAGGAUGAACGCCCGAUCCUCACCCAAGAAAGAUCCCCAAAUUCAUCCCUAAUAUUAGCACAGACACCAACCCCAAAAUCUUUCUCUUUCGAGAACAAAUAUCCUCCCCAAAUUGCCAAUGACGGCACCACGAUCAUCAGUGACUCAAUUCGGUUUUGUUUUGUUGUCUUUCUGUCCCCCUGUGUAUGUGUGUCUCUGUGUGUAUGUGUGUGUAUGUGUGUCUCUGUGUAUGUGUGUGUAUGUGUGUCUCUGUGUGUAUGUGUGUCUCUGUGUGUAUGUGUGUCUCUGUGUGUGUGUGUGUGUGUGUGUGUGUGUAAGCGUGUUAUGGAAAGCUGUCAGUCAUUCUCAAUGCAAUACUGAGAGUGUGUGCACCUUUAUUAGUGUGUCUAUUUAUUUCUAUAAAUGUACGAAUGCUGACCAGGGUUGUGUUCAUUAGGCACCAAAUGGAAGAAAAUGGACUGAAAGAGGGGACUAACUGAACCUGUCCAAUAAGUAACACAUUUUUUGUUUUCUGUUGCGUAAUAUUUUGGAACGUUUUCCAUUGUGUGCUCUAAUGAACACGCCCCUGGUGUAGCAGGGAUAGGUUAGCCUUGUUGGAUAAACAUUGCCGAGACAAGAGCUUGGCUUUACUGUGAGUGGCCUGAUGUGUGUAGCUCCUACCCCAUACUGGACACUUGAGUCCUUGAGACAGAGCUGUUUUUUGUGUUUUUUUUUACAACUGGUUGUGAUAUAAAUGUGUUUCUCUGAUUAUUUGAGAUAUUCUAAAUUCUUUAGCAGUUCUGAUUUUUGUUUUGAGUGUCCACUGAUGUUUUGGCCAACUGUUUUCCGUUUUGUUGCAUAAUGUGUCUGUCAUUAUUGCCUGUAUGAUCAUCUAAGUUGUAAGUCAUAUUAUAAUAAUUUGUUAAUUUUGGUGUUCGGUCAUUAUUUCGUUGAAGCUGGUGGUUGGUUUUGAAAAUGUCAACGUGGUUCUCAAAGAACUUAUUAAAAUGAAAUAGGGUUAGAAAUUAAACAUUAAAAUGUGAGUAUACCCUUUUGA